UCUAGUUUCACUCACUGAGCGAUCACCGACUGUAUGAAUUAGCUCCAUGCGAUCCUGUGUACAAUGUACAUGUGCGUCAACGACAUAAUAUAAGUACUCAAUGUCGGUGGCUGUACAGUACAGCGUGACGGCCUACAAUUCUACAGAGAGGGCCGCGGGCAUACGGCACCAUGUGAUCCUGCUAUUGUGCACGGGUCGACAGGAACAUGCCAUUAGGUACUACACUUCAUGCAUGUACUAGUUGAGCACAUUGUCCCAGAGACACUACUAGUACUACCCAUGGACAUACAUGCGGCGUACCGACCUCACAGCCAGCAUUAAAAAGUGUGGCCAAUGGCUCUGCCCAAUGGGCAAAUACACGUACAUGUACAUGUAAUAGCGAUUUUUGGGUAUCGAUUUCACCUGCACCUGUUUCCUUGCUCAAUUUCCCUGUUUCAACGCACAAUCGACAACAUUCCCAGUUCCUGUGCGCCGAACAAGUGAUGGGUACUCAAGAUGGGUUUUUCCUAGGCAAAUCGCACCAGUGACAUGAUAUCUGGGUUUGCAUAGCCACCAUCUUGCCCCCUUGACUGGUACAGAUAGUGCAGGCUGAGAAAACUCCUCCUGUCAAGUUAGCUAGUUAUCCACAAUCUUCACGCAGGCCGUGUCUUACGUCUUGCUGUCAGUCCCACGGAGGAUUCACUGUACCUUGACAUGUCCCACAGAUAAAGGGGAAAUAAUAGAAGGAUCACUCCCUGUGGCCAUCAUAGUCACUACUUGAAACAAGGCAAACAGGAAGUGAACGGAACGGCCCUAGGGGCAUUUAUAUUGUAGUUAUGUAAAUUAAUUGCUCAAUCUGGGUAAUUAUACAGUGGGAAGCGGAGGUAUGACGAGUGAUUUUGCAGGACAAGGGUCCUAACGAAAACAAGUAAAAAACCAUGAAUGGUCAAUGACGAUGCGGCAUUUGGUGACGACGACGACGACGACAAAACAGAAAAAACUUUAUCGUGACAGCCAGGGGUCUCAGAGUUUGUUCGGCAAUCUAAGCACUCACCGGCUGGAAAGCACGUCACGUGUCAACCAUGUUCCUAGUAUGUGAGUGAAUGGCAAUAGUGCAGUGUGUAGAUGGGCUAGAUAAUUCUAUUAUCAGUAAGAUGUACAUGUACAUGUGGGACCACUAAAGGAUCGAUGUUUCUGCACGGCGACCCUCAGUCAAAGUCCUGAGGCACAAUUAUGAUGGCCACGCCUGGCAGAUGGCUAGAUACUCUGAAGACGUGCUGGCCUGAAACGUGUGCCUCCUAAUGGGCAGAGACGUAGUGUAUCUCAACUUCGCUCUGCGCUGGCAUAGAACAGAGAGGGCGAACAACGAGAAUACCUUUAACCGUACGUGUUCUUCAGCUCUAUCUAUAGUACAAUGUAUGUAGGACUUGUGAUGACAAAUCGGAAGUAGGGCUGUGCCUCCCAUCCCUCGUGGCUACAUGUUCGCACUAAAGCAAUCCCUCAUACACACACAUACAUACACACGGUGUCUUCUUGAAAGUCCACAGUGAAUUAAACAAGAGCAUUAGGUACACGUACAUCGCUGCUUGUAUGCUGUUAGCAUGGGCGUCAGUUAAAAGUAUGGAUCACAUUCGACGCCAGGCAUCGCACCUUUCACAAGCUAAAUGCCAAUACAACUAUGCGCCAUAUUACCCCUUACUGAGAAGGUAGUACACUGAUGAAGCUGCGGAUAUGAUUCAGUAUGUCUUAUGCAUACUGACUGACCUGCUACAUCAGAAUUGUACACAUAACAUCGUACGCGCCGGAUGUCCACACCUACACGAGCAGCCCCUUCCACGACCAUCCACUAUGACGAGACUCUAGCCUAAGCCACACAAAGCCAGACCCUACGACCAUGAUGACCGUGAGAUAUAAAACGAAUAGCGAUACGCACUACAACGAAUCUCGACAGUUGACAGCUUUCUAGCUGUGCUGACAGACUGCGUCUCCUAACCCUAUUGAAUUCUCUGUCAGCAAGAAGUGUCGGCUAACGGCGGGAAUUCUCGUGCUCCGGCCCGAUAACGUCUACGUCUUUCUCAGUCUUCUAGUCGACACCAGCGUCAUGUCCAUUAUCAUCAGGACCUGACUGUAUAUACAUAUAGCACUGUUUCAGUGCAUGGAGCACUAUUUGAACGUCAUUUGGCAUUCUGCUAUGUGUUCCCAGACACUCAUUGCUGCAGAAAGAAAGAGUAAAAGAGAUAUACUGGUCGAUGAAAGUUCUAGUGAAUUUGAUUGUAGCGUCUAGUGCAAGACAUAAGGAACGUGAUACCAGCUUGUUGCCGAUUUAUUGGGAAGGCAAAAUGUUAGAUGGUUUCCUCUACCAGUUUAUACCUCCUCUCUCUUGCUCUGAAUGGUGAAGCGAGGACAGUUGUCUGCCAGUCCACUAUCGAAUAGUCUCUCCGGCAUAUGGGCCUGUUGCCAGUGUUGCGUCCCUGCGUCAGCCUGGAGUGUGCGGAGGUCAGAAAGGACAUCGCCAUCAUACCUUCAACUCUCCACCACAAACAAGUGCAGGCGAGGAUGGAGGCGGACGACAGGCAGUCCUCCGCGAGCACAAGAAACAGUACCAGUGUGUCAGGUUCAAGGUGCGUAGAGGUCACGACCUGUUCCAGAUGCCAGCAGUGUCUAGCAUCCUCCAUUCGUGCAGAUAGCUUAGCGCUGCUCCGUUCAGCACAACGUGGAACUGAGGCGGCUGAGGCGGCACGGCCAGCUACAUCAGCAAGGCCAGAGCAUGGUCUCUGUCACAGAUCCGGACGACAAAAUGGCAGAAGAAUAUGGACGUUAUGGCCGAGCAUCUUCUCGGCCUCGCUAUUACUGCUACUGGCAAUUGGACUGUGUCAGGGCAGAGCAACGUUACCUGCGGAGAAUAGCAGCAGCAGUCUCGGACAACCCAUGUCUGAAACAGACUGGAGAAGACUCUACGAUGAACCGAUGGUAGAGGAAGACGAGAUAGCUGAGAUCCUGUCACGAGAGCCAGUACGUUCAGUUGGAGAUGUACUGGUAUCAGACAUCAGUAUAGCUGCCAAAGCCACAACAGCAAAACAAGAGAACGACAGCAGACAUGGCAGUGGUGAUAAGUACGCCGGUAAACCCAGGCCAGACAGCCGGAGAAGUGCUGGGAAAAGCAGAAAUCAGAGACGAGAGUAUGCGUCAAGCUUCGACUGGGAACCAAAGCAACAUCACCCGCGGAGACAUCGGGGCCAUAAACAACGCUGGAGGCGCAAUAUAGGCAGCUCAUCCGCUGUGGAGCUGUGGCCAAAUGGUACCAUUCCAUUUGCCUUCAGCAGCCGCCUGAAAAAUGCAAAUCGUAAUGGAACCAACACUGGAGAUUACGACCUGAUACGCAUGGCGAUUCGGAAAGCCAUGCGCAUUUGGGAGGACAACACGUGCAUUCGAUUCGUACCAUACACACAGAAGCUCUACCAGAAUUGGAUAGUUUUCAAGCCACCAGAACCAGGCAAUGAGAACAGGCGCUGCUCGUCCUACAUCGGUAUGAACUAUGGCAUACAGCCUAUCUAUCUGGGACGCGACUGUCAAUAUGAUCCGGGCGUUAUCAUGCACGAACUCGGACACGUCAUCGGCUUCCAUCAUGAGCAGAAGCGGCCAGACCGCGAGAAGUUUGUGCGCAUCUUCUGGAAGAACAUGGUGGCUGGUAACUCGACGCGCGAGCAGUUUGACAUCAACUGGCAGAUCAAGACGUACAACGAGUCCUAUGAUCUGGACAGCAUUAUGCAUUACGGCAACUACUACCUGAGUAAGCGGCCGGGCUUCUUGAAGACACUGGAGUCCAAGGAGAACCCAGACCGACGUCUUGGACAGCGCGAGCGCCUGACAUUGUCCGACAUUGCACGGACAAACAAGAUGUAUGGCUGCCCGUACCCGGAGCAGUGCAUCACAAGAAAACACCCGAUCAGAUCGGGUCGUCUAGUCUCACUCAUGGUCAAGCACGAGAUCAGCAAGAACCUUGAGCACACCACAAAAUGGCUGAGCUGUCGUCGUCAAGACGGCCGGUGUCGACGCAUGAACUGCGGUCAGCUGGCCGAGGGCGACUGCAACAGCUAUCCACGCCACUGCGGCAGCGAGCUGUUCAUCAUCGAGCGCGCGCCGGGCCGCCUAGCCAAUCACAAGGUGUACGGCACCGGGCCAGUCAUGCUGCGCGCUCACGUGCAGCCGCAUGUUCGUGGCGGACGACGGCGUCGCCGUAGCAACAGCACGCAGCACGGCUUCCUGACCUGCUACCAGAAGAACGGACGACGUCAGAAGGAGUGCCGCAUCGUGCCCUGUGAGAGCAACAACCCGUAUAAGGACUGCCCGCUGGCCAGGUUCUUCUUCCUGACGGCGCGACGGAACGCGACACGCAAUCUCAGCGGAAACAUACAGGCCAUGGACGCCACGGCUGCUGCUAUGGAGGAUGAGAUCCUAGAGAACACCAAGGUCGGCCUGUGUCAGGAGGAUGAUCACAAUCGUAUUCAGUGCGUGCACUGCCAGAGCAAGAACCUGUGCAUGCUGGAAGACUGUGGCACACGACAGCAACCCAGUGCUGUGUGCGAGGAGUUCUUCAUACAGCUACGCCAGUGGACUAUGGCUGUACAGAAUAGUAUAAAUACGACUUGAGCUAGAUAAACAUUUGUACUCUAUUGUCCCACUUCCUCCUCUAAUAAUCUAUUAUGACUAUCACUUUAUGAACUGAAACCUGAUCCUGUCGUUUGAGAAACAGGUGUUGAUACACGUGAACAAACACAACUUGACCGAGAAGUGACGAUGCGUAAUCACCGCAAACACGUCGACUGAUGAUGUUGAUAUUUACGUCCUAUACCGUAUACGACCAUGACUUGACUUUUCCUGAAGGCGUUCGUCUGUGCGCCAAGAUCUGCCGCUUCACUCCCGCUUCAGCUGGUAAAGAUCGGGAUCAGCGGGCACCAAGACAAUGACUCCGUGCAUCAUCCCGGGAUCCCGGGUCUCAGACCUUCCUGCGCAGAUUUACAUGCACUACACAUUACUACGGGCAAACACGGCAACAGAGCAUUUCUUCAAUUCUUGAUAAUAUUAUAAUUAUGGUAUCUCCCUCUCCCCCCUCCCCAACCCUUUCCCCCUCUGAUCCCAGCAAUACCAUUAUCGAAACACUCUGUAAGAAUGCUAGAUAGUAUUGCCAUAUUCACCAUCACCAUCAUUACUGCCUGGUCAAGCUACUUAUUGAUAUAUUAGUAUAUUGGUAACAAGCACCCGAUCCACCACCCAGCUAUAACACAAUAGACUCACUCAAUGAUAUGGAAUCCACCCGACUCUGAGA